AACUGAUUAGAAAUUGCUACCAAGUGUGGCUAACUUCAUAGUUUAAAAAAAAAUUCCACUAUCUUAGGCGUUUGUAAAACUUCACAUAAAUACUGUAAUAUCAUAAAGUCGGGAGGAGUUAUAAAUUUAAUUGAAUAAAGUUAAAGAUUAAAAAUGACUGGACGAGCAUUACAUUUUGUUUUUAAAGUAGCUGACAGAACAAAAACCAUCAAAUUUUACAAAGAAGUUUUAGGAAUGAGUAUUUUAAGACAUGAAGAAUUUACUCAAGGUUGUGAAGCUGCUUGCAAUGGGCCCUAUGACAAUCGAUGGAGCAAAACAAUGGUGGGAUAUGGACCUGAAAAUAAUCAUUUUGUCAUUGAGCUGACUUAUAAUUAUAGUGUAGAAAACUAUAAGUUAGGGAAUGAUUUUCUUGGUAUUACUUUAAAAUCAUCAGCUGUUUUAGAAAAUGCCAAGAAUCUUGACUGGCCAAUAGGUUUUGAAGAAAAUGUGCCCUAUGUUACUGCACCUGGAGGCUAUAAAUUUUAUGUGCUUGAUGAACCACAACCUCUUGAUAAAGAUCCUAUUGUAAAUAUCAUAUUAUCAUCUACAAAUCUCCAAAAAUCAGUUAAAUUUUGGAAUGAAAUUUUGGGCUUAAACAUAUUCAAUCAAUCAUCUAGUUAUGCAGAAUUAGGAUUUGGUGAUGAACAAGCCAAGCUUCAGCUUAAAGCUAUAAAAGAACCAAUUAAUCACGAAACAGCAUAUGGAAGAAUAGCGUUUUCUGUUCUAACAACAGAUUUAAAACGAUAUCAAGAAAAUGCUCAAAAUAAUCAGUAUAAAAUUCUAACACCUUUUGUUACUUUAGAUACUCCAGGGAAAGCUUCAGUUUCAGUUGUAAUUUUUGCUGAUCCUGAUGACCAUGAAAUUUGUUUUGUUGGAGAUAAAGAAUUCAGGGAGUUAUCUCAAUUUGAUCCAGAAGCAGAAAAAUGUUUGAAUAAAUAUAUUGCUAAAGAUGAAGCACGGAAAUUAAACAAAUAAAACAAUCUGCCAUUCCAGUAAAUAAUUAAAAAUAAAACUCAAAAGUAUACAAUUAACUCAACAUGAGAUAAAUUUGUAAUUAGAUUGAAGUAUAAAAAAUGAUAAGAGAGAAAACUUAUUAUGUGCAAUAUUUUUUAGAUUCUUGUUUUUAUUUAUCUUAUUCUAAUAGAUUUUUUGUUUUUUAUGUGUACUUAUGUAUCAAAAAAAAAAAAUAUUAAUUUUGUUAUGUGUUUUGAUUUUACAUAAAUAUAUUUAGUAUGUUAAAAGUUAAGCUAUUUAGUGGUUGGGUAUUACUACGUAAACAAAUGUUAAAAAUAAAAUCAUUAUUAUUUGAAGUAUAAUAUAAGUAAUAUGAUAAAAAUUGAA